ACAUACAUCUCCCUGGGACAAAGUGCCUGGUUGGAAGUGCUCUCACAAAGUAAAGGUCUAGAUGAAAGGCUGGUCAAUUUGUAAAGUAAAUUAACUGUCACCCUUUGACUUUUGGUCAAAAGUUUUGCAGCACUCUAAACAGUCUGUCAGCAAAAUUCUCAAGCAGUGCUGAGAAGAACAAAGGCAAUAGCACUGCCUCCAGGAAUAAUGCCCACUGUAGAUGACAUUCUAGAGCAUAUUGGGGAAUUUAACUUAUUCCAGAAACAAACCUUUUUUAUUUUGUCCCUGCUUUCUGUUACCUUCACCUCUAUCUAUGUGGGGAUUGUUUUCCUGGGCUUCACUCCGGAUCACCGCUGCUUGAAUCCCGGAGUUUCAGAGUUAAGCAAGCGAUGUGGCUGGAGUUUGGAAGAGGAGCUGAAUUACACAGUGCCGGGCCUGGGCAUAACAGGAGACACUUUUAUCAGCCAAUGCCGGAGAUUUGAUGUGGACUGGAACCAAACAGCCCUCAGCUGCACAGAUCCAUUAGCCAAUUUUACCAGCAACAAGAGCCACAUCCCUCUUACCACCUGUCAGUAUGGCUGGGUAUAUGACACUCCAGGAUCCUCCAUUGUUACCGAGUUUAACCUAGUAUGUGCUGAUGCAUGGAAACUGGACCUGUUUCAAUCGAUUGUGAAUGUUGGAUUUUUUAUUGGCUCUAUGGGCAUCGGUUACAUAGCAGACAGGUUUGGUCGUAAGCUGUGUCUAUUGAUUACAAUUUUCAUAACUGCUGUUUCAGGAGUACUCAUGGCCCUUUCUCCAAGCUACACUUGGAUGUUAAUCUUCCGAUUUAUCCAAGGACUGGUCAGCAAGUCUGGGUGGUUAAUAGCCUACAUCCUAAUCACUGAAUUUGUCGGCCUGAAGUACCGGAGGACUGUGGGAAUUUGUUUCCAAAUGACUUUCACCAUAGGCCUCCUGAUUCUGGCAGGAGUUGCCUAUGCUCUGCCUUUCUGGAGAUGGCUGCAGCUCACAGUUUCCCUGCCCUACUUCUGCUUUUUGCUCUACUAUUGGUGCCUUCCAGAAUCUCCAAGGUGGUUGAUUUCUCAAAAUAAAAAUGCAAAGGCCAUGAAAAUUAUUAAGCACAUUGCAAGAAAAAAUCAGAAAUCUCUGCCAACCUCUCUUCAGAGUCUUAAACCUGAUGAGGAAGCCAGUGAAAAGAUGAAUCCUUCUUUUCUUGACUUGGUCAGAACACCUCAGAUAAGAAAGCAUACUUUGAUCUUGAUGUACAACUGGUUCACAAGUUCUGUGCUUUAUCAGGGCCUCAUCAUGCACAUGGGACUUGCUGGUGGGAAUAUCUAUUUGGAUUUCUUCUAUUCAGCUCUGGUUGAGUUCCCAGCUGCUUUCAUCAUUAUCUUCACCAUUGAUCGUAUUGGUCGGCGCUACCCUUGGGCUGCAUCAAAUAUGGUGGCUGGGGCAGCCUGUCUCAUCUCAGCUUUUCUUCCUAAUGAUCUAAUGUGGUUAAAAGUUACAGUUGCAUGCCUGGGUAGAAUGGGGAUUACGAUGGCCUAUGAAAUGGUUUGCCUGGUCAAUGCUGAAUUGUAUCCCACAUUUAUCAGGAAUCUUGGCGUAAUGGUCUGCUCUUCGAUGUGUGAUAUUGGUGGAAUUGUGACACCAUUCCUUGUCUACAGGUUGACUGAUAUCUGGCAUGAACUCCCCCUAGUGGUUUUUGCUGUGAUUGGUUUAAUCGCUGGAGUGUUGGUAGUGAUGCUACCUGAGACCAAAGGGAUGGCCUUACCUGAAACCAUUGAAGAAGUUGAAAAUAUGCAGAGACAAAGAAAAAGUAAAGAGAAAAUCAUUUACCUCCAAGUCCAGAAACCAGAAGUUACACAUAACUAAGAAGAAAGGAAAUUACUCUCAAUUAUGACCUGCCUUUAAGACCCAAAACCUGGAAACAGAAUUAUUCGCCCAACAAAACUCCAUAAAUCUUGCUUCCUUUCAUACCUCCUAAUCUUAGAUUUACAGCUUAAUAGAACUUGUAAUGCUGUUGGUCCUGAGGACCAAGGGCUUAGAGUCAAAUCUCUCUGGUUCUCUCCAGGUCCCAGCAUUCCCAGGAUAAUAACCAUCACUUUGUAUAGGAAUUGUUCCAUCUUUGUAUUUCUUUAAUUGACUACUUUCUCCAUGGUUACUGUUACCCAGAAAACAAUUAAAGUUAUGGGGGGAAGUGGGAAGAAACACAAUAGCUUGUAAAAGAAGAGAAUAUGUUUUCCUGUUUGAAGAAAAAUAUCACAAUCAAUGCCUGAUUAUCCACAAUGGCUGAAAAUAUUUUUGAGUAAUCCCUUCUAUUACAAUGAAUGAGAACAUUUCCAAACACUGUACUUAUUUUCUGUGGCACAUUUGAAUGCUUACUAUGUAGUCAA